CUGCGGCCGGCCAAAUCUAAUUUCGGCGCUUGUUAUGUGUACUCGGGAGCGUCGCGACGCCUUCGCCCCGGAGCGCGAGACGCUGAACGUGUGUGUUUUUGAGUGCGUGUAAAUACCAGGACCUGCAGAAUUUCGCGCUUUUCCGAUCACAUAUUUCCGUGGACCACAAUCCGCAUAUCCGGCUUAAGUGCAGAACACUUCCGGACUUCCGGUUCCAGUGAACCACCAACGCCACCACCGAAUUGCAUGCCACAUCCACAGAUUCUGCAAUGAUACGCGUCGAUGAGAGUGACCCGAUCGGGGAGGUGCAGCUCAGUUUUCCUUACAGGGAUGUUCAAAUACGCAAAGGCAUCGAUCCCAAGGAAUUGUAUGAUCUUGAGACUGAAAUUGGAAGAGGUAAAUUUGGGACUGUAUAUAAAUGCAAGGAGAAGACCAGCGGCCUUCAAUUGGCGGCGAAGUUCGUCAGCAUCCCGAAGAAGGAGGAUCGCAGGAAUGUCGAACGCGAGGUCGAGAUUAUGCGCGAGCUACAGCAUCCCAGGCUCAUCCAGCUCUACGAUGCCUUCGAAAACGGCAAAAUGAUGUACGUCAUCCUAGAACUCAUCGAAGGAGGAGAACUGUUCGAACGGGUAAUCGACGAUGACUUCAUACUGACUGAAAAGAGUUGCACGGUGUUCAUGCGGCAAAUUUGCGAAGGCAUCGGUUUCAUCCAUCAACAGAAGAUCCUCCAUCUGGACAUGAAGCCGGAGAACAUUCUGUGCCUGACGAAAACCGGAAAUCGCAUCAAGAUCAUCGAUUUCGGAUUGGCCAGGCGCUUUGAUCCCGAUAAGAAGCUGCAAGUGCUUUUCGGGACGCCCGAGUUCGUGGCACCGGAAGUCGUAAAUUUCGAUCAGAUUGGCUAUGGAACGGACAUGUGGUCCGUAGGAGUUAUAUGCUAUGUCUUAUUAUCAGGUUUAUCGCCAUUCAUGGGACACACGGAUGUAGAAACAAUGGCAAAUGUGACGAUAGCAAAAUAUGAUUUUGAAGAUGAAGCUUUUGAAGAAAUAUCAGAAGGUGCAAAAGACUUCAUCAAAAAGUUGCUAAUCAAAGACAUGAGCCAAAGAUUAACUGCGGAUGAGUGUCUGAGGCAUGCGUGGCUAUUGAAGAAGGAGUCUCCACCUCCUCCUCCGAAGAAGCCGUCAAUAUUUCAGAUGGACACUGCGAAAGACAAUUUAAAGUUGUUCGUGGAGAGAUGGAACGAACAUCCGAAUUCGCCAUACGUUUUCGAAGCGAGUUCACAUUCAGUUUCAAAUUUGCGACGGAACAAUUCCUUGCAUUCGCUAACAGCUUUGUCUCCAUCUCCGUGCGGCUCGCUUUCGUCUUCGGUGGACUCGGACAGCCAUUUCCAAGACAUGAACGACCACCUGCAUUUGCCUCCCAUGGAUCAUUUCCGGAGGGCUUCAGACUCCAAUUACGUGGUCAAAGCUGCGGACAUUUCUGAACGCGUCAAUCUCGCCGAAGAGAUCCGAAAGCUAUCCGAUAAGCUGUUCCAGCUGUCCACGAUGCCGUCUUUGGGCGACUUCAAAUGCGAAAACCAUUCCAAACCCAUCCCGAUUCGAGACGCGGCUCAGAACACGGCCGCUCCGUGGAGGACAAAGACCAAAUUUCGCGUGACGAGCUUGAACCGCGACGUUCCACUAGCGCCCAAGAUCCAAAGCUCGAGCUCCUUCAGAGAACAGUUCAAUUCGAAGCUAUCUGCUUUCAAUGGAAAUCAAUCUACGAACCACAACUCUCCAGAUGGCACUAAGAAUUUGCUGCUUAAAUUGCUAGAGCAUUGGGACGGUCCGAACCGUCCCAGGCAGAACUCUGUCUCCUCCGAAUGGAGCGAAAACGAGACCUUGGGACAGCGAACCAUCAGCUCGUUGAACACCUUCUUCCAGUCGCGUUCUACUAACAAGAAAGUCACCAAUUUCCAUAAGCAAUCAAAAGAUUAAAUCGCCCGCUUGCAUUUCUUUCGUUUUAUUCCUCUUUUUUUAAAUUUAUUUAUUUUCAUUUUUUCUUUUAUUUUUGCUAAAGAAACAUUCAGUAUUAAUGCAUUUUUUUAGUGCGAGGUUGUCGGCCGAAGAGGCAAUGGCCCAUCCAUGGAUGUGCGUGUCCAUGGUCCAUACAGAGCAGCAGCUUAAUACAAGC